AUGAGUACAGCACAGGAAUCAAUACCACCACCUUCGCGGGAUCCAAGAGGCCCCUCCUCGACCAACCGUAGAGGUCGAGGCGGAAACGGCGGCGCUAGCGCCGGUGGUGGUGGUGGUCGACGAGCCAACUUUGGGGGCUCCUUGACGACCUCAGACCAGGCUUCCAGCUCCAGGGGAGGGCGCUCCAACAACCAUUCGAGGCCGCCUAGACCACAAAAGAACUCGGGCAAGGAUAAGACAGCUGCGCCCGGAUCAAACGACCAAGCGACAACGCCCUCCAAUGCUGUUGCCUCGCAGCCUCAAGACAAUGCUGUCGAGGGCACUGAAGAUGACGACGACGACGAGCUCCCACCCGAAGGGGAGCUCUGCUUCAUCUGUGCAGACCCCAUCAAGCUCACCUCGGUAGCCCCCUGCGACCACCGCACCUGUCACAUUUGCGCGUUACGUCUCCGUGUCCUCUACAAGAAGGACGAGUGCACCUUUUGCAAAACCACCAUCGAUCGUCUCAUCUUUACCUCUUCCUCCACAAAGAACUUCGCCGAUUUCAAGCCCUCCGACGUCCCAUACACCGACAAGAAGCUUCCCAUCAGCUUUGAGACCAAGGAAGCCCUCGAAGAGACCGCCCUGCUUCUGCGCUACAAUUGUCCCGAUCCCAACUGCGAGGUCGCAUGCACCGGCUGGAAAGACUACAAAGCGCACGUCCGUCGCGAGCACAACCGUCUCGUCUGCCAACUUUGCAUCACCAACAAAAAGAUCUUUGCGCACGAGCACACGAUGCACACCGAGCAGUCUCUGGUAGCUCACGAGAAGGCCGAACACAGGCUCUGUGAGUACGAUCGCAGGCUGUUCUACAGCGACGACGAGCUCUUUGCACACAUGCGCGACCAGCAUGAGCAGUGUUUCAUCUGCAAAGCUUCCGGCAGCGAGGAGGAGCGAUGGAAGUACUAUCGAGACUACAACAUGCUCGAAAAGCAUUUUCGAAAGCAGCACUGGUUGUGUGAAAAUACCGAGUGUCUACAGAACAAGUUCGUAGUCUUUGCCAACGAGGUCGAUUUCAAAGCGCAUCAGGUUCAGGAGCAUGCCAACGAGCUCAGUGCCAGGGAGCGGAGGGAGGCACAGAGGAUCGAAGCCAACUUCUCGUACGACGACGGUGCAGAGGGCUCGUCUCGACAAGCUACCUCUCGUGGCGGUGGCGGCGGCGGAAAGGGUAAGAGUCGAGCCAAUGGUGCAACGAGACCUGAUGCCGGUGCCUCUUCUGAAGACAGAGAUGUUCUGGGUAUCUCGGCACUCGCCUCUCGUUCACAUGUGCCCGGUGCCGGUCCUGCCAACCACCAAUCUCGCCGUGCUAUGUUUGGCUCUGGUCUCACCAACCCCUCUGCUCCGCAGGGCUUGCCUACAGACCGUCCACGCACCGUCAACGACACUCGCUCGGUCGAAGAGCGCCACCAGGCCUACAUGGACAAAGUGUCGUCGACGUUCAGUGGCUCAGAAGCGCGCAUCACGUCGUUCCGCCACACAGUGCGCGCUUUCAAGCAAGGCGAGUCGUCGGCACGCGAUCUGAUUUCGACGUUCCACUCGCUUGUGGGGGAGAUGGACGAGUGUGCACCGCUCGUCAAUGGGCUGGUGGAUUUGGUGGACGAUAAGGACAAGAGCAAAGCGCUUGCUGAUGCCUGGAAUCAAUAUCGGAUCGAGCGGACGCAGUUUCCUUCGCUCACACCUGCUGGCGGCAGCGCUAUCUCUGGAAUCACCCCAGGCACUGGAUACGCUGGUGCGGGUGGUCGCGGCGGUGCAGCACUGCGCAGCAUCAAAAAGUCAUCUGCCGCCUCGAGCAGCCAAGUGUGGGACAACGUCGAGCGAGCAGCCUCGGCUUCUUCGGGUCACGGUGCGGGUAGACCUGUCGCACUCCGCGAACACUUCCCCUCGCUCGGUACUACAUCCACCUCAGCAGGCACGCCGUCGAUCCCCGGAUCACUCGCGCACGCAGUCGCGCACGGAGCAGCCACGCGCGCCGCGGCCCCCGGAGCCAAGUGGUCAGGUGCUUCUGCCGCCGUUUCCAGCCGUGUCGCUGCGCCUGGAGGCGCAAGUGUGGCGAAACCGUUUGUUGCACGUGUGCAUUCCACGUCAGGGCGGAACGUCAACACGCAAUCGAGCGCGGCAUUCCCGAGCCUGCCGACCAACGCGGCCAAAUCGGCGAUUAACGCGCACAAGAAGACAUUGUUCGCCAGCAAGACGGGAGGAGGAGCAGCGUCGGGGAAGCACUCGCCUGUUUUUGGUGGAGCGGGUAGUGGAAGCGGUACGCCCGCGGCGGGAGGAUCCGGUGCUAGCACGCCCUGGAUCGCUGGUCAGCCAGGGAGGAUCGACGAUUUUCCGGAGAUGGCCAGUCCGGGCAGUGCAACAGCCACGGGUGGGUUGGGCAGCUUGGACGGGCUGUCCGAGGCGCUGGUUGCGUCGCAGCAGGGUGAAGCUGGAGGUGCUGGGAGGAAGAAGAAAGGUAAAGGUGUGCAGGUGAUGACUUUUGGUGGUGUCCAUCGUGGAUGA